AUGGAUAGAGCGGCGCUUCGAGCGGCGGCAGCGAUGGGGGAGAAGAAGGAGAGCGGAGGGGGCGCGGCAACUGCGGCAGAUGUGGGCGCAGCUGGAGCCGGGGCCGGGGCCGCGGCCGGCCGGGCUCUGCAGCAGUGCGGCCAGCUCCAGAAGCUCAUCGACAUCUCCAUCAGCAGCCUGCGGGGGCUGCGCACCAAGUGUGCGGUGUCCAACGACCUCACCCAGCAGGAGAUCAGGACCCUGGAGGCCAAACUGGUUCGGUACAUCAGCAAGCAGCGGCAGUGCAAACUCAGCGUGGCCCCCGGGGAGCGGACGGUGGAACUCAACAGCUACCCACGGUUCAGUGACUGGCUGUACACCUUGAACAUAAGGACGGAGGUGGUGCAGAAGAUCUCCGGGGAGCUCACACUGGAUGCUUUGCUGGAGAUGAACGAAUCGAAGGUGAAGGAGACCAUGAGGUAUUGCGGUUCCAGUGCCGAUGAGGUCAGCCGCAUACAUUACGCCCUCUCCUGCCUCCGGAAAGGGACCGGCUUAGGUGGGGAGCCAAAGGAUGACCCAGCAUGGAGCCCGCUGGAAGCCCGGCACGAGAGUGGCUCAGGACCUCCCUCGGACACCCUUUCCCCAGCUGGCUUGACCUGGACUCCUGGGGCCUCCCAGCUCAGUAAAGGCAUCAGCAGCCAGCAGCCCCGCUCCGUCUCAGUGUCUGCCCUUCCCACAGCGUCGGAUGCUCUGCCCCUGGGCCAGGGGCUCUCUGGUUAUGGCGAGGGCCUCUCGGACAGUUACGUUUCCCUGCAUCACGGCGGCAGGCUCACUCCUCGGACCCCGCACAGCUUCAUCACCCCCCCCACCACGCCUCAGCUGCGACGGCAGCACAAGCUGAAGCCCCCCCGGACGCCACCCCCGCCCAGCCGCAAAGUUUUCCAAUUGCUUCCCAACUUCCCAACCCUUACCAGGAGCAAAUCCCACGAAUCCCAGCUUGGAAACAGAAUCGACGAGGUGCCUUCCAUCAAGUUCGAUCUCCCCCACGGAUCCCCCCAGACGGUACGAAGAGACAUCGGCCUCUCAGUGACCCACAGGUUCUCCACUAAGUCCUGGCUGUCCCAGAUUUGCCAUGUGUGCCAAAAGAGCAUGAUGUUUGGAGUGAAGUGUAAACACUGCAGGUUAAAGUGUCAUAACAAAUGCACAAAAGAAGCCCCUGUUUGUAGAAUAUCGUUCUUACCAUUAUCUAAACUCCGGAGGACAGAAUCUGUGCCUUCAGACAUCAACAACCCAGUGGAUAGAUCGACAGAGCCCCAUUUUGGAACCCUCCCGAAAGCACUGACAAAGAAGGAACACCCCCCAGCCGUGAACCACCUUGACUCCAGCAGUAACCCAUCUUCCACCACAUCCUCCACACCGUCUUCCCCGGCACCCUUCCAGUCUUCCAACCCCCCCAGCGCGACGCCACCUCCGAACCCCUCCCCGAUGGCUCAGCGGGACAGCAGGUUUAAUUUCCCAGCUGCCCACUACAUCCAUCAUAGACAGAAGUUUAUCUUCCCAGAAUCUAAAGAGAUCCUGUCUGCUUGCUGGGCCUUUGACCUGCAGGAACGACCUAGCUUCCCCCUCCUAAUGGAAAUGAUGGAAAAACUGCCCAAACUGAACAGACGUCUCUCUCACCCAGGCCACUUCUGGAAAUCGGCUGAACGCUGGCGGAAUCGCUACUCCAAAGGGCGCUACUACCACCCAGACUUUAAAGGGACCUUCCGUCCCCUCUUGGAGGAAUACAUUAACAGUAGCAAAGUUGUGUCCCGGUUUGAAAGGUUUGGCAUGGGCAUCCCGGAGUCCAGUAACCCAAAGAUUUAGCCUGGUGUGCAAUGUUUCUCAUUGCUGUUGAUUUUUAUUCUAUUUUUUGUUUUGUGGGUUUGUUGUUCUCCUCUCUUAUCUUUGUACCCCAACCCCAAAAAAGAACUCAACUCUGCAGAACAUCAGCCACCUUCUUAGAAUCAGCUCAGCCCAGCCAACCAGGAGCCCAUCGACCUGUCAUCGUGUCCAAAUGUUUGCCCACACAUACAUUUGUCUCCUGA